AUGUCAGGUGAGGAUGCUGAUACCUUUCACAAAAAGAUGUGCGCGAAAAUCUACAAUACCAGUGUUGAUGCUGUCGUUAGCCUCGUUAACGAACCGUCAGUUGCUCUGUUCCGGAUCCAGGAGCAUAUUCGAAAAACCGCACCUGAAAUAGCCGAAGAGAGAAAAAAAGCGUUUGUCUGUGCGGAAAAGUUGCAGGGUGUUAACUUUGAUCUGGAGAAUUCCUUGAGUGCGAUUUCCGCCUUCCCAAAGGUCGAAUCUAAUCUAAAUACUCUCCUGAAGACGUUGGACGCCUGUAAUCUUCAUCGUCAACACAUUUUAGCAAAUCAGCAAAACAAAAAGCAGGAUGAUUUUGAGCUUGGUGUUGAUGUCGUGGCUUUAUUGGCGAACGACGUUUGA